CGAGAGGGAGGCAGCGGCACCAGAGAGGCAUCGCUGACAUGAAAAUGAGAUGAGGCUCAGAAAUGGUACUGUGGCCACGGCGAUUAUCUUCUUCACAUCCUUCCUGAGCCUGUCCUGGUACACAGCGUGGCAGAAUGGCAAAGAAAAGCUGAUAGCAUACCAGAGGGAGUUUCAUGCUUUGAAAGAACGCCUUCGUGUGGCUGAGCACAGGACACUGCAGCGCUCGUCUGAGCUCAACAACAUCUUGGAGCAGUUCAGACGGGCCAUAGCUGAGACUAACAAUAGCAAAGAUGCACUUACCAACUUCUCUGAUGAAACCCAGAAACUACUGAAGGAACUCGCAAAUCGAAAACCGUUGCAGGUCCCAAAUAUUUAUCACCAUCUGCCUCAUCUCCUGAACAAUGAGGGCAGCUUGCACCCUGCAGUGCAGGUCGGUCUUGGACGCACUGGAGUUACCAUGGUAAUGGGAAUCCCUACAGUUAAAAGGAAAGUGAAAUCGUAUCUGUCAGAGACACUGCGUUCCCUCAUAGACAAGUUGUCCCCAGAGGAAAAACUUGACUGUGUAAUUAUUGUGUAUGUCGGUGAGACUGACGUUGAUUAUGUUAACAGCGUUGUUGCUGGCCUUGAGAAAGAGUUUUCUACAGAGCUGAGCUCAGGUUUACUGGAGGUGAUCUCUCCUCCAGCUGCCUAUUACCCUGACCUCACUACCCUCAAAGAGACAUUUGGAGACUCCAAAGAGCGCGUCAGAUGGAGAACCAAGCAGAACUUGGACUAUUCUUUUCUCAUGAUGUAUGCUGUGAGCAAAGGAGUUUAUUAUGUCCAGUUGGAGGAUGACAUUGUGGCCAAGCCUAACUAUUUUGCCACAAUGAAGAACUUUGCCCUGCAGCUCUCAUCUGAAGACUGGAUGAUUCUGGAGUUCUCUCAGCUGGGCUUCAUUGGGAAAAUGUUCCAGGCUCCAGAUCUAAACCUUAUAGUGGAAUUUAUUUUUAUGUUUUACAAAGAAAAGCCUAUAGACUGGUUGCUAGAUCAUAUUCUUUGGGUCAAAGUCUGCAAUCCAGAGAAAGAUGCGAAACACUGUGAAAGACAAAAGUCCAGCCUUAGGAUACGAUUUCGACCCUCACUUUUUCAACACGUGGGACUUCAUUCCUCUCUUGCUGGAAAACUCCAAAAGCUCACAGACAAGGAUUUCUUAAAACCUUUGCUUCACAAGAUGCACAUCAACCCUCCUGCGGAGGUUUCCACUUCAAUGAAGGUGUAUCAAGGUCAUACUCUGGAAAAAACAUACUUAGGAGAAGACUUUUUCUGGGCCAUAACUCCUACAUCAGGAGACUACGUUCUGUUCAAAUUUGACCGACCUGUCAGCAUAGAGAGGUUCCUGUUUCGUAGUGGAAACCAGGAGCACCCUGGAGACAAGAUUGAAAACACAACGGUGGAAAUACUGCCUGUCUCGGAGGCAGGACUACAGGCUAAAGAAAAGUAUAAACGCACUGAAGAUCGCUUUUACAGGAUUGGUCAAUUUGAGAAAGGCGUUGCAGAAGGAGCAGUAGAUCCAUCACUUAAUCCUGUUUUGGCACUUCGGCUCUCAGUCCACAAAGACUCGGCUGUGUGGGCAAUUCUCAGUGAAAUCCAUAUUAAGCGGAUAGCAGUCUGACUGAUACUGGCCAUGAGACAGUUGACUCAUGGCUCCCAGAGGACCAAACUCUAGACUGCUUUUGUAGAGCCACAUACAGUGAACUCACCAGAGCCCAGUACAGUCUCUCGUAAUGGAAGUGCUCCUCUUCGGCUCUGCUCCUUUGCGUGUCACUUUUCAUUCUGCUUUGCAUCACUUUGUUUCCUUUAAUCCCUUCUACUUUCUCAUGACUGUUGCAGUGUGUGAGAAUGUGAAUACUACUGCGGCAAAAUGAAGACGACAGCUGUGGCUCUCAGUGACUGUCUUUCUCAGUUGCUUUGGAUGUAAUACAAAUAUGAAGAAUAUGGACAAUCUUCACAUCUUGGGAAAAUCAGUUGGAGGAGUACUGGUUCAGAUGCUGCCAAAUCCUUAUUUUACUUGAUGCUGCCACCUGUAGGCACCUGUUGGGUAUUGCACUGUCAGAACAGUUGAUCAAUGUUUGGAUCAAGAAUGUCGUCAGUGAUGGCCAGUUGUUCUGCUCUCAUUUUUGAAGGAUUUGAUAAACACCAGCCCGAAUGAUACAUUUUCAUACUAUUAUCUUUUUUCUUUUUUUUUUUACAGUUUAACAUUUGGCACUGAGAACAUACUACCUUUUUACGUUACAGACGUCAGUACUGUGAAUGCUGACCUGUGUUCCUCGUUUUGUUUCACUUUAUUUUAUGAUGUCAAUGUAAGUUGACUGCGUCCAUCUCACUGCUUCAUAAUUUGUAAACCAAUCAUCCAUUGCCUUGGCAACACAGUCUUUAAGGAACAUAUUGUUAUAUUGAUAAACAUAUUACAGCUAUGACGAUCUAUGAAGGUGAAUUAAUUUAUUUGAAAUAAAUCUUUUAAUUUGUACAAGAUGUCAAAUAUAUUUUUAUUAUAAUAGAUGUUUAUGGUAGUUUAAUGAUGUCAUUAUUUGCAAACUGCAUUGUUUAUCUGCUAAUGUGCAUUUCAUUUUGACUUUGUUCAUAUAGCUGCUCUUGUAAUUUUGUAAUGCAUUUUUAGGCCCAGUUGUAGGCGACUGUUCUGUAAAGAUUUUGGGUCUAAACAGCUGACUGAGUGCUAGAGUUGAUUUGUAGGGUUUGGUCUAAAUUGUAGUGAAUGUGCCUUAUAUUCACUUUCAUGAUCCACCAUCAGAUUGUCUCUUUCUAAUCACCUCGCUGUUAUGUUAAAUUUAAUGGCCAAACAAGCCCUAUUCACUGUAGUUUGUUUACAUUUCAACAGUAACCACAUUGUUUGCACUACAUUGCCAUAUAACCUACUGUUCUACAUGUAUUGACCCAGUAAUUUAUUUUAACAUUUUAAAUUAUUCUACUUAUUGACUACUGAUGGCUGCCCUAUUUUGUAUUCUUAGUAAUAUUUGACUAAAACAUUUCAGUAGACAUAGUAAAACAUUGUAAAUAUAUAAUCAUCUUUCAUUUGUUGCCUGACUUCACUUGUAAAAGAGAGGUUUGUGUUUUGACUUGAAAGCAUUGUAAGUGCAUUCUCAUUGUAGCGAUCAGUGUUUCUAGGGAGAUGUGAAGUGCCUUUUUACUGAAUCGUUUUGUCCCCUUGUGGUUGGUGUGCAACAGUUUUUCGUGAAAUCUUGUGAAGUUGGUUGUUUAGGAAAUUAACUUUCUCCACAAGUUAUGUGCAUGAUAUCAUAGCACUGUAUGCUACAUUUAAAGACACAAAUUCUUCCUUUGCUCAACACAGCCAUUGGUUCAUGUGCCUUCAUGUACAUGUGUCUGCCUUCCUCUGAAGCUUUGUCAUCUUCAUUGUCAUUUUUAAAUAAACAAAUGGUUUGCUACAAUUCA